AUGACAGGCGCAAUCGAUGGAACCGUCAUACGUGAAGGAAUAGUUGGUGCCAAUGGCGUAAAACCUCUGAACAUAAUGGCUCUGUUCAUAUCGCUGGCAUACCUGUCAAUCUCUUUGGAUGCUACAGGAUUGUUCCGAUUUCUUGCUCUCUGGGUAGUCCGGAAAGGUGGCUCAUCUGGCCGUAAGCUAUACCUGUAUCUCUACUGCUUCUUCCUAGUCUGUGGUGUAUUUGUCGGUAAUGAUCCCGUGAUUUUGUCUGGCACUGCUUUUUUGGCAUACUUGACGAGAAUAUCUGGGAUUACGCCCCCCACUGCUUGGAUAUUUGCUCAGUUUGCUGCUGCUAACAUGGCAUCGGUAGUACUAGUUUCCUCAAACCCUACCAAUCUGGUCUUGUCGGGCGCAUUCUCCCUGACGUUCUUAACGUACACUGCGCACUGCAUCCUACCCUUUCUUGCCGCUGCCGUCUUCGUUUAUCCUGUUCUGGUCGUGGGCCUAUUUCGCUCACCUGAUUUGAUCCCUCGCUCCAUCGACGUGAUAUUCGAGGACAUUGACACUGGCGUGACCCUCGUUGACCAAAAGGGUGCCGUUUUUGGGAGCAUCUUGGUCUUAAUCACACUUGGUGUGCUUGUGGGCACGAGCGCCAUAGGCAUCCCUGUGUGGGAAGUGACUGUCCCUCCUGCGGUGAUGAUGUUAUCGCGGGAUCUCCACCACGAUUGGACCCGGCACCGACGAUUAUCUCUCGAGAAACUUCAAUCUCGACCAACGUCUCAACCGCCCGUGAAUCGUGCAGCUCAUGAAUCGGAGAUUGAGCUGCACCAAAUACCGUCACGAGGGCACCAGUCGUCUCUGUUCACAGCACCUCCUGAAACCCUGCUGUCUUGGCUGACCCGUUAUUUCGGCGUCGUCUCAGUCACGUUCCGUACGGUCACCACCAUCGUAGAGCGUCUUCCCCUUGCCUUACUCCCUUUCGCCUUCUUAAUGUUCAUUCUUGUACAAGCACUCGCCACUAAAGGCUGGGUGGAGGUUCUCGCCAGGUGGUGGGCUGCAUGGAUCGACAAGACUGGUGUGCUUGGGGCUAUCGGCGGGAUGGGGUUUCUGGCAUGCAUAGCUUGCAAUGUCUGCGGUACUAACAUCGGUGCGACAAUUCUUCUCGCGCGUGUCAUCCAGCUCUGGAUCUCGAACUCGAGUAAUAUCAUCGACACUCGCACUCGAGACGGCGCCAUAUACGCACUUGCAUUUGGCUCUAAUUAUGGAUUUUGCGACAGAAAGGCAUUCAUGUUCGCGCUAUGCAGUUCUUGA